UGUAUAAAUGGGUAAUGGAAUUUUACAGAUGAAAAAAUAGGAAUUUAGUUUAAAGUUAACUUUGAACAAUUAAAAGUUAAAAUUUUGUAUAAAUAUGUAUACAAAAUUGUCACACAUGUUGAAAUAAAUCGCUUUUAAAAUAUUUAUAGAUCUGUGUAAAAUACUUUAAUUUUAAUAGGACGGAUUAAAGGGCGAUUUUGUAUAACUUUUAACUUAGUUUAAUACAGUUUUUCAUAUUUGCAAUUAAAAAAUCUCGUUUUACUGAGUUUAUAACGUUAUGCUGAGACGUUUCGGUUAAAACAAUUUAAAUCUAGAAUGAAUAGACCUUUGAUGGAGUAUGAUUUGCAAUGCUUCUUAUUCGUUGAACCAAUUUACAUACAGUGGUACAGGUAUAUAAAUACUAUAUAAUUGUAAUUUCCGCGUCAUAAAAAUUGGAUACUGUAGAAAUUGUGCAAUGGAAGAGAAUCAUGCAAGAGGACAGCCAAUUCGGCGAAGGAUUACAGUUCGAAUCAUAGUGGAUGUUAUAAUUUGGCUUGCAGUAUCUUUGUUAGUUUUGUACCUAUUUCUGUUCGGAAAACCCUACGAGACAGGAUUUUUCUGUGACGAUAAAUCGCUUAGUUAUCCUUCAAUACCAGAAACCAUAUCCACACCAGUACUGGUAGCAGCCGGAUUCACUUUCUCCAUUUUACUGGUUGUUUUAGUCGAAGGUUUAAAUUGUUGUGACAAUAAGUGCCUGCGAACAUGCCGACGAUCAACCGACCUUGUGUUUUGUGUGAAGAGUUACAUUGUGUUUUUGAUCGGCUUCCUCGUACAAGAACUGGUUGUUGACGCCGUCAAAAACAAGAUGGGUGUGCUCAGACCUAACUUCUUUGACGUAUGCAAACCACAGUUUAAUAGGACUUCAUGUCCAGGAUACAUAUCCAACUACACCUGCACCGGAAAUGAAGAAAAUAAAGAACUCAGAAGCAGCCGACAAUCUUUCCCUUCCGGUCAUUCAGCAUUUUCUAUGUAUAUAGCGAUUUAUUUUUGUAUUUACAUAGAGAAUCGUUUGCAGAUAAAAUUUUCUCGUUUAUUAAAGUUCUUUCUUCAAUCUGGUCUUGUAUUCAUUGCAAUACUCUGUGGUCUUGGGCGCAUCAAAGACAACAAACACCAUCCUUCCGAUGUCAUAGCAGGAUAUAUAUUAGGAAUCGGAGUCGCUGUAUUUGUGCACUUGGUAAUUGGAAGGACGUUUAUGAAGGCAGCAGGUGUUAAAGAAAGGACAACGUUACAAACAAAGAAUAAGACAUGUGACUGUUGUUGCACGUGCGAAAAUUCGUCAGACCUUGAUCCACAAACACCGGCACCCUUAUUACAAAAUGAAUAUUUUCAGAACAUAGAAAAUGGAAAACAUUCAUCGUCAACAAAACUUAUAGCGCUUCAAAAUAAUAAUCACCGAAAUACAUCAAUGACGUCAGAAAUCGUAUAAAAAUCGUUGCGUUCAUAGUAUAGUGACAUGUUUGGAAACGCGUAAAAAGUAGUUCUGAUACAUAAAGGAGAAUGAUUACUGUCACAUCUGAUAAUUGGCAAGAAAAUGUAACAUUUGCGGUAUUUAAAUCUGUUAAAUAUGAAAGAUGUAAUUUAACCAUGGCAAAAGUUUUAUGUAGUUUUUUUAUGUAUUUAUUAUUUUCAUUAUUUUGCUUUAUAGGUUUAACCAGGUAACAUUGCCGUUUCGAAAAUAAUAUUUUGCGGAGCCGUGUUCUACUAUAUGUUAUGUUUUAGCUUCGUUAUAUUGUCUGGAAGAUAAGCUAGGAUCUCUUCUGGAUGCAUGGACGAAGUUUAGAUCAUAGUCAUUAACACUCAUGUUCUGAUUUUUUCCUGAAUACUUAUGAAAUCUUUUACAAAUGCACAAUAGUUAGUUGAAAUAGUUUCAUAGAUUAAGAAAUAAAUUUUAGGGACGUAUUGAAUUUGGUUCGCAAAUUGUUUCAAUAAUUAAUCUUACAAUAAUUUUCUGUAAUGUUCAUCUUCAGCUAUUAACAAAUGAAACGAAAUGUUCUGUUUUUUAUUCAAAUUUUCAAGUAUAAAUCAUUAAUAUAAUAUAAGAUCUGUUAAGCAUAAUUGAUCUCAACAUUCUAUGGUAAUGUUUUAAGAUUUCAAAUACAUUUGCAAAUCAAAAUUAAAAAGAAUUGAAUAUUGACAGACAAAAUGUCUAUUUACUACAAGUACUACUUAGUUCUGAAGGCUUAAGUAUCUGAACAUACCAUAUCGUUUGAUUCAUUUGUGGUGUACAUAAGAAAUUCAAAAUCAUUUGCAAUAAAAUGGUAAUUGAAUUCUUAAGAUUUUUUUAUUUUUAUUUAGCUAUAAUGCUUACCUGCUUAGAGCGAAACUUAAGUAUCUAAAUUAGAAAAAGAAGAAACUCCCAGGUCGAAUGAAAAUGUUGCAGACCUGGUUUAAUUGAGUCUGUUCAUGGAAGAUAGUGGAAAUACAUGCUACCAUCUAACCCCAGAACUCAACAUUUUUACAUGUCACUAAAAUACAAUUAAGAGAAGUCCGAGGAUGUCUGAUCUACACGGAAUCUUCAAUGAUACACAAAGGUGCAAUUCCGUGAAAGCAGCGUAUGGUCCUCAGUUAAUAAUGGACUAGACAUACAUGAGAACUAAACAAACUAGAAUUUGUAGAGUUGAAUAGAGGUUAUGACGCCUGCACAUCAAAGAAACUGUCAAAUGGCAAAAAUAUUUGGCACCAUAUCCAAACAAUGAUUCAACAAUACCAGUAACUGUUAUAGCGGGAGCAUUGCAUCCAUC